AUGUCCCUCAACACCGUCACCUCCGGCCUCGGCCAAGCAACAAACACAGCCCAGAACGUCGGCGACCAGGCCACCAAGCCAGUCACCAAAACAGUCAACGACACCACCAAGCCCGUUACCAAGACCGUCAACGACACGACCUCCAGUCUCCCGGGUACAUUCCCAAAGGAUGAGCCCCCGACCAACCGGAAGAACAACGUGACGAUCCCCUCCUUCAAAGAACUCUGGGCGCAGUUCCUCGCCUGGAUGAAGGGUCUUAUCCCGCGAGGUGUUGAUAUCUUCGAGAUGGCCGUCCGCCGGUUCAUCCAGUGGCUUAUCCCCCCCGAGCGCCAGGCGAAGCUGUACAAGGCGAGCAUGGACCACCCCAUCGCCGCCACCUUCGUGACGUGCCAGCUCCUCUGUGUCGGCAUCCCGCUUAUCCUCUUCAUCGCGGGCACGCUGCUUUUCGCUGCUGUCGCACUGCUCGUCUGGGUUGUGCUCUCGAUUCUGCUCCUCGGUCCGAUUGUGCUUGUUGCUAGUCUGAUGGGUAUUUCGCUUUGGGGUUGGGGUUGGUUUGUCUUUGGGCUUGUGCGAUGGCUGGAUAGAUUGGUGCUGGGGGGUAUGAUGGAGAGGUACUGGCAGGCUCAGAUCGCGCAGCAGAAGGCUGAGGAGGAGGAGAAGGAGAAGGCGGAGAAGGAGGAGAAGGAGAAGAAGGAGGGUGAGGAAGCUGGAGGGGCCGAGAAGGAGACAAAUGAGGAGAAGAGGGAUGGCUAA